CAAGUUAAACACGAAUCUGAACUCAAUUCCUGUGAUUUCUAAAGAUAUUAUAUCACUCUGAGAGUAGAGUCAGUGGUCACCGGCUAGGGUCGCAUACAGUAUGGUCCAUGCUAACUUAGCAUGCCUGUAUUUUCUCCUUGCAAUUUAGUGAUAAAAAACACAGUGAAUAUACCUUUUCACUUUUUGAAGUACACAUAACACUCGGAUUUAAAUCCGAGGUUUUCGCAUUUAUUUUUCAUUGAAAACACGCAUUUGUAUGAAGUGGAAAUCAAGUUAGUUUUAUAAUUAUCAUGAAAGUGUUGUGUAUUGCUUCAAUAUAAAUAUCUUUUUUCUUGCUAACCAAGCUUUUGUGAAGAAUUCUGAUUUCUUUUAAUGACAAUGUCAAUCAAAUGUGUGUUUCAUCUUAAAGAUAAAUUCUUAAGAAACUCAUCAAUGGGUUUAGCAAUAUUAGUUGAAAGGCUAGAAUAUUGUGUGAAUAUUUCUAUGAAAAAAUGUCUUCUCUUUUAUUAAACGAUCUGAUGAACAAGUUGGAAAAUAAGAUUUCCAUUUGUAUCAAGGGAAUUUCGAUUUAUCUAAAAUUUUUUAUCAAUUAGUCUUGUUAUUUAGCAAAAAAUUGAAAUUCUUUAUAUCACGCAAAACUGAUUAGUUUGUGUAUUUAAAAGUUUGAUUACUCUUUAUUUCCUGUUUAAUAAAGUAUGAACUUAUAAAUACAAUAUGAAAAUAUUUGUAUUGAAGUUACUUAAAUAUGACUGAUGAUAACGAUGACAGAAGUGUUUAUUUCCCUAUUAUUCAUAAAAAACAAGUCUACAAUUAGAUAGAAAAAGAUGAUGAAUGUAUUACUGAUAAUAUACUUCAUCAUUAAUGGGUUUAAUCUAAUGACAAGAAUAUGAGCUAUCAUAAGUGGUUUAAAUGAUAUUAUUCAAGUUGGCAAGUCUAUCUUGGUGAUAGUUCUUCUCAUUACGGUUCGUCAAUAUUGAUUGAAGAUAAUGAAAAUAGUGUUAUUCAUAUGUGAACAUGUUUACCAAGUACAGAAUCAACUGAAUAGGAUGUUAUUCAUUAUCAUCAUUCCAAUAAUAAUGGUCGGAUUUGGCCACCGGAUGAAAUGGCAUUAAUAGCAAUGUCAGGUUGCCUUGAUACAUAUUCUGCUUAUGUUCCGGGUGUUGUUAAUAUUAAUAACUAUUAUAAUAUUAGUUAUACAUUAACAGCAAAUCCAAAUGCAACACACAAUCAACUAUUUUUAGCACAAUCAUUGAUUCGAGCAGGAACUAUGAAAAAUGGAAUGGCACUAAUUGAACUUCAAAAAAUUCUCAAGCAAUAUUCAAAUAACAAUGAUUUAUUUACUGAUUUAACUAUGGCUCAAUUAAAUUCAACAAAUCACGAUGCAUGGCCAUUGAAUUUACAAUCUCAAGGACAUGAUACAACAAGAUGCGUUAAUGUUGAUGCAGAUUCAACUGAUGUAAAAUGGUGUCCCGAAUUACAAUUAUUUAUUGGUUUUACAAAAACAAAUCGUUUUUUCAUCUUAAGGAACUAUUGGUGUAUAUGA